ACAAGAUUCAGUGCUACCAGCGCACUAACGGCGCCGCGCCCCCGGAAAUGAAAAAAGUUCAUCCAUUAGGCAAAUCGCCUAUCCUCGUCGUAGAUGGUCCAUCUCCCUCUGAACACGCCGUUAGAGUCGAGAGCAGGCUGAUCCUGCGGUGGCUCUCCGACACCUAUGCCGCAGGCAUGUGGACCCCCGAAACCGCAGAGGAUAGCGUCCGGGACGGUUUUUGGGAAGAAUUCUGACUUUCGACACUGAAUACCACCAUUGGUUACGCUAUAGUCUUUGAUGCGGUCCCCCCCAGCUCUUCCGUUCUACAUUCGGUCUGUGUUUUCCGGAUUUUGUAACGCCAUGGCCAAUAUGCAUCUGCAGAAGCUGGAUUCAGGGCUUGUGUUGAUGGAAGAUGCCCUGACGGAUGAAAGGCCUUGGUUUGCGGGUGCGAAAAUGGGAUUGAGCGACAUCAACAUGGUCUGGCCGAUGGACGUCCCAAGCCAACGAGGGUAUUUCGACGCGAAGAAGUUUCCGAAGGUAACGUAUUUCACGGGUAAGUGGGCCACCCGGGUAUGUAGGCCACCCUAUCAAAAAUUCGCGAGACGCGACGCGUGAUGCAACUACAACCUCAAUGCCUCCACCACAACAACAAGAUAACCUCUUCAAAGAGGGCAGAAUUGAGCUAGCUAUCAAUGCAUACAAGCAAGACCAAAUUACAAGCUUCCGAGCCGCCGCCAGCACCUACGACGUGCCCCAGAGUACAGCCCAGCAACGCAUUAAGGGCAUCGCAUCAAAACGCGAUUCUAUCGGACCAAAUCGCCGUCUCACGCCUGCACAAGAAGAGACGCUUAAGGAAUGGAUUCUAUCAAGAGAUUAACGCGGUAUGCCGCCACGAAUUGAAGUUGUACGGCAGAUGGCUGCGUUGUUGGCUGCGCAGUGUGGACCCGCCAAACCUAUCGGCAAGAAUUGGGUGACAACCUUUUUCAAGCGCCACAACGAUAUACAAUCCAAAUUCAGUCGC